CAGAAAAGAUGUCACACUGAGAUGGUCUCAUCUUCCCACGAAGACAUGGUCACUAACUCACCCGUGCACACAAUCUGAAAACAUACCAAUUUAGCAGCACACAAAGUUGGGAGGACAGAAGCCCUGACAGAAGCAAUCAUGUUCUCAUGACAAAAAAAAGGCUCAAGUUUUGACCAAAAAUCAUGCAUGAAUCACAUAGCUUAUAUAGAUUGCAUGAUAUGUAUCCGUGUUUAGUUUUUAUCGCACACAACAAAAUGUAUAUAUUUAUUUUUUCCAUUAAUGGGACGCCUGUUGGUGUAACUUUCUGAGUACAAUCAUUCAUAUUCGACUGGUUCGCAGAGACGCAACCGGGGGAUAUUGCCUGGCUGUGGAAGACUUCUCACCACUGUCAUAAUCACUUGACUUGCAAGUUAUUACAACUUCUCCAUUCAAAUGUGUUUAAAAUUGUCUUCAUGACUCGGUUUGCUGUUUAUCGGUCGAAUGCAGAAGUUUGGUUGAAAAAAAUGGUCACUGAGUGGGUGACGUCUUCGUUUCCCAGUCGAUUAAAAACUUCCCUCAAUUUGCAUGAACCAUGAUUAUCUGGCUUUCGGACUAACUGUGACUACUUACCGAAAUGUAUCAGACUGAUUACCUCACCUAUGUUGAUGUUUAACAAAUGAACAAGCAAAUAUUUUCUCUUUAGCUAUCUAGCUACAAUGAAUGGAAUUCAUAAGUGAGCAACUAGCUGGUCAACGUUAGCUCGCGAGCUACCAACCUCGCUAGGACGGAGUCCCAUCCCUAAUAUGUAAGAGCAAAGCUGAACUGAAGAAGGAAACACUGCAGUCUCUAAAGUUAUAUCCCAUUUGUCAUAUCGGAAGAGUUGGCUUGCUGGUUGGCUAACAAGGAUUUUUGUCCCGAAUUAGUUAGUUGGCCAGCUAACGAACCUUCGAAAACCAGAGGGCUCUGAAAGGAGGAGGAGGGGAGAGGAGGAGGAGGAGCUGAGAGACUCUGCAGGAGCUGAGAGACGCAACGUUGAGGGAACUCGUCACCUCCAUCAGCCGCUACACCCUCCAGCCCUCCCUGCGCUGCAGUAUCCCUGCCUCUCCACCAGGAGGAGCUCAGCCCACAUGCCUCCCACGAUGGUGACUGUGUGCUGAGGGGAGGCUGCCAGUGUCCCCCCCCCCCCUUCCAUGCUGUCUCUGGGGGGAGGAGGAGGAGGAGAGGGAGGAGGGAGACGGGCUGUGGCCCCCUGGCAUUCCCCCUCCUCAGGCAGGGCUCUGGCCCGAGACCCGGGCGUCAGCAUCAAGCAGAAGAUCUCGCAGUGGGAGGGGCGCAACCAUCAUGGGGGGCUCCAGGGUAGCGGGCCGCAGGGGGGCGGGGUUCGGACCCGGGUUGAAGCUGCUCCGGUGUCCCGGACCCUUUCCGGGGACCUCCUGGGGAAUGGGGACUGUGGAGACAAUAGAGGUGGUGAAGCUCACGCCAAGGUCAGCCUGUCCAAGGCCAAGAGCCUGGGGCUGGACUUCAGGGAAGACCAGGGUAGGGGCAGACCUGACGGGGGCAGGCCCGAGGAGGGCAGCCGAAAGCUGGAGCUCCCGCGGAACCACAAGCGUUUGGACGGAUCAGCAGACUUGAGGCCCGCUCCCAAUCCAGUCUCCACCCCCACCCCAAACCUCGCCCAUAAUCCCGCUGCCAAAACCAGCAGAACGAACGCUGAUGCAGUAAUCCUGGAAGCUGAUCCCCCCUCCCUGCCCGCGGCCGCGGAGGACCCUUUAACUGCUCUGCCUCCCGGAAACUUCUACACCUCCCGCGGGUUCUGGCGCAGGCUGGAGGGGGAGCCGCGGAGAGGGGGGGCGCAUCCCGGGGGCACCCCGUCCCCAGAGAGAGGACUUUCCCCGCUGAACCCCCCUCCGCCCAAACCACACCGCACCUUCCAGUACCAGGGCACCGACAGCCCCCCGGGACAGUGGUGCCAGUGGGAGUUCUGGAGCCCCCCAAAAAGUCACACCAGCGGGCCCCCGCCAAACUGCCCGCCCCCACCUUGUCCCGUCACCCAUGGCAACGGCUUCUCCAGGCACAAGAAGAACAGGAAGUCGUUUGAGUUUGAGGAUGUGGCGCAGCUGACGGGCCAGCAGGGGGCGAUGGAAGGGGAAGGCCGGCGGUCAGGGCUGUACCAUUCCCACUCUGAGGACAACAUCUAUGAGGACAUCAUCUCGGAUCACUGCGGGGAGAACCCGUACGAGGUGGUGAAGCUCCCCCCUGUGUGUCUGCGGGGUCGCUCUGCUCCCUGGGCCACCCUGCAGAAACACGGCCUGUACACGCCCAAGCUGCCUCCAAAGCCCCUCACCCUGAACACGCCUUCUGAGAGGCUGGAGAGUGAGCCGGGCCCAGAGAAGAAGGCCCCCUCCAAGACUGCGCGAUCACCCAAGAGCUGCUAUACUGGACACAAGACCCACAGGGUGCCCCAGUACGUGAGCAGGAUCCAGGAGAUCUUCACUGCCAAACGGGGGAAGAAGAGGCUGCGGACCCAAAAAGCAGGCGGUCAGGACGGAUCUACUCGAGAGGAGACCAGUGGCACUGAGAGUGACCCGGAGGAGAGCAGUAAAGAGCCCCCAGGUGCGGCCCGGCGCUCGGUCUAUGUGCAGUCCACCCUGCGCAGGAAGCCGGGGUACCGCACCCUGGAGAGGGACCUGAUCCAGCUGCAGCAGCAGCAGCUCUUCCAGCUCUUCGUGGUGGUGUCACUGAGAAAGAGCUCCCCCGGAAACACGUACUCCCCGGAGAUCACACAGCAGUUCCCCAAUAAGUUUGAGAAGUCGUCCCGGCACACACGCGAGGCUGAGGACCGCCUAAAGGCCAUCCCCAAAUUCUGUUUCCCCGACUCCCAGGACUGGAGGCCGUCAGCUGACCUCACCAGUGAAACCUUCUCCUUUGUCCUGACGGGGGAGGACGGCAGCCGUUGGUUUGGUUACUGUCGGAAGAUCCUGCCCAGUGGCAGGGGGAAGAGGCUUCCGGAAGUUCACUGUAUUGUCAGCAGACUAGGCUGCUUCAACCUAUUUGCCAAGAUUUUGGAGGAGGUGGAGAGGAGGAGGGAGAUCUCCCCGGCACUGGUGCACCCCUUCAUGCGCAGCGUCAUGGAGGCCCCGUUCCCAGCCCCUGGACGCACCAUCACCGUGAAGAGCUUCCUGCCCGGCUCCGGGAAUGAGGUGCUGACUCUGUGCCGGCCGGUGGACUCGCGGCUGGAGCACGUGGACUUCGACAGCCUGCUGCUGUGUCUGAGUGUGGAGCGGCUGCUGCAGGUGUUCGCCUCACUGCUGCUGGAGCGCAGGGUCAUCUUCAUCGCAGACAAGCUCAGCACCCUGUCACGCUGUGCCCACGCUGCCCUGGCGCUGCUCUACCCCUUCAUCUGGCAGCACACCUUCGUGCCCGUGCUCCCCGCCAGCAUGCUGGACAUCAGCUGCUCUCCCACCCCCUUCCUGAUGGGGGCGCUGUCCCCGUCCCUGCCCGAGGUGCUGGAGCUGCCCAUAGAGGAGGUGCUGAUUGUGGAUCUGUGUGCAGACAAGUUUGUCAGACAGCUUGGUGAUGAGGACUGCAUUUUACCCAGAAAGCUCCAGGCCGCGCUGCAUCAGAUUCUGGACCAGAGGGAGGUGCUAAUGUGUCAAGAGGAAGGGGGGAAUACAGGAGGGGGCGACUCGAGCCUGAGCCGCCUGGUGUCGGAGGCGUUUGUGCGCUUCUUCGUGGAGCUGGUGGGACACUACUCGCUGCACAUGGCAGAGGGGGCUGGCGGGACGCGGGAGUUCCAGCGGGAGGCUUUCCGAAAAUCACACCCGUCCCGCGGAGCUCGCCAGCUCCUGCAGCUCUUCAUGGACACGCAGAUGUUCGCCGGCUUCAUCCAGGGCAGGGAGCUGCGGAAAGGGGGGGUGAAGGGGCUAUUUGAAGUCAGGGCUGCAGAGUAUCUGGUCUCGAACCCGGAGCCCGAGCCAAGUGGAGUCAACAAGUUCCUGAAAGGAUUAGGAACCAAGAUGAAGUUCCUGCAGAAGAAGUGAAGCUUUGUCCCGGCACAUUCUCUGUCACGGGACAGACGCGAUUCCGCCACUCGGUGCGCUGAGUGGAGCGUCCGGCAGAUCCUGGCCCACUGCAGGGGGACUGUGAGGGGCCAAGGGGUCAGGGACCCACAGGGGCAAGGGGUCCAGGGACAGGACGGGACGGGACAGGACAGGACAGGGACCCACUGGGGCCUCUGCCCGCUGAAGUGUGGACUGAGUCAAACAGGGAGGGCAUCGGGUCUGACCUCGACGUUAUGCUGAAAGACCAGCUGCACCUUCAGCCCAGAGAGUUACUGCAAUCGGAGGAAAACUGGAAUUGAGUGAGCUUCAGGACUGCAAACGGCACAUGCAGUUUGGUUCAAAUUGGAAGAGUAUAGUGGAAUACUACAGUGGAAGAGUAUGGUGGAAGAUUGAGGGGCGCAUGUGCUAUUUACUUGUGAUGGGUCUGCUGAAAAGCUGCAUGUACAAAAACAUUUCAGAAUUAAAAAUCCUUUGCUGUAAUUUAUACAACUAAUUUAUAUUUUAUGUCACUAACACAUUAGUUUUUAUUUUAUUUUUUACAAACUGUUUACAGUUUCUUUUUAAAGAAAAUUUGGGGGUCUGUAGGACUGGUUAUGUCACUAUAUGGACAUGCUUUUGGUGAUUGUCUUGUGAAUUUUACCCAGUCAUCAAUUGUGCAUCUCUUUAUGACUUUUGCAGAUGCUGUUUAAUGUUUACUUGGGAUUACUGUCUUUAGCAGGAUGUGUUGUGACUAUAUUACAGGGUUACCUUAAGAGUAUAAGGGAGAUACAAACAGUCAGAUAUAGCAACUACAGUGCUAUGUCUGACUUUAUACUUCAGCUUUACUUUUACUUACUUUACUUACCUUACUUUUGCAACUGCCCCAUGGCAUAAACCGAUUACUCUGUUGAAUGAAAAUAUGUUUGAACUGCAAUCUUGUGAAAUUUUAAAUGAUCUGUGAAAACUAUACACCUUAUUAAAACUGCCUGUUUAUACAGGCAGUUUUAAUUGACCCAAAGCAGAAUUUUGUUAUGUAUCCAAUACAUAUCUGAUUGUUUCCUUAAAUCUUUUUCACUGGUCAUUUCCUUGAAAUCUGAACAGCAAAUAAUCACCGAGUCUGGUAUUUUCCAGAUAUAAUUCCAUUUAGAUCAUUCCACUUUGGACUACAUCCUCAUGUGGCCCUUAAUCCAAUACGUAGUGACAUCUGGCCACACGACUUGUCUGAUAACAGAUAAGAUUUUUCUGCCUUCAGCUAGUUUUUUCAUCACUCCGCUGAUAGACUUUUGUCAUUGUUUCAUAACAAAAAUAAGAAACUUGGCUUCUCCAAAUGCAUGAAUCUCAUCUGGUUAUUUUCAAAAUGAUUGUUUGGCAGUUGCCCAGAAAGAUUCGAUUGGAAAAAUAUUUCCCAUUGGAGUAUUAAGGCUUACAGUUUAAACCAAGCCAAUAAAGCCAAAAAGCCUAAAAGACUAAAGCCAAAAAGAGUGUCAAAUUUUUGAAAUGGCAUCUCGCAACUGCUGAUUAACUGGUUUUUCGAGCAUAAACACACCUGGAGAAAUGUAUUUGGAGCAGAUUGGUAUUGCCUUGGUGUAUAACAGUCAUCUAUAUCCUGUUAACUUGUUUUUUUUUUUUGUUUACUUUAAUGGAAACCAUAGGGGGCUAUCAGUGCUAUUGAAGGUUUUUUUUUUUCUUUUUCAGUUUUUUUAUCUGUACAGGUUUUUAUACUUUUUUAUGAAGCAUAAAUUACCCUUCUGAAAAUAAACACUUUUUGUACAAA